GCCCCAGGACGGAGCGGGACACUCCGGAGGGAUCAGGACCCUCCUCAAGUGCUGAGGGCGUUGGGGUCACCUGGAGCGCCGAGGGCAGCGAGACCCUCUGAGGGAAGCGGGGACCCCUGGGGGAUCGGGGCCCGCUGAGGAGCCGAGGGGAGCGGGACACCUGAGGGGAAAAUGACUCCCGAAAUGCUGAGGGAAUCGGGGGCCCUUGAGGGCAGCGGGGUCCCCCUGAAGUGCUGAUGAGGUCGGGUCCCCAGAGGAGCCUGGGGAGGAGCUGGCAGCCCCUGAGGAGGGAGCAGUGUCGGGGAGGCCGGGCUAUCCCACAGCAGCCCCUGCUCAUUGAACUGCCCCGGCACAGCUGAGCCCGGCCCGCAGCUGCGGGUGCCGUGCCCGGGGCCAGGGAAAUGCCAUUAAAUCCUUGUGGUUUCACCUGAAGAUCCUUUAGGGGUAGAUAGAGAACGUUCAGGUCAAGGUUCCAUAAUAAUGUGGGGUUUUCUUACCUAUACCUGACGCUGACAACAAAUUGUUUGUGGAGCUGAGGAUAGUACAAAAAAAAAAAAAAAAAGAACUUGCAGCUGUAGGCUGAGCAAUAAUUAAAGUGCUCAGGCAGGUUCUAGUCUUCAUGCAGCAAAAUGAAACCUUUUUAUUCGGGUUGAAGUGUAGCAUGAGCUGUCCUUAUUUUAAAAAAAAGUGCACUUCAAAGAACUUAAAAUGUGAAUUUCUAAAGUGUAGAGAACUAAGAACUUAUGGAAAGGUUAACUUUGCCCAGUUUUUAAUGUCUGUUGGUAUGUUUUCACCAUAAUUAAAGACAAUUCGCUCAAGUGACUGUUGCUUUUUUAAUAAAAUUAUAGAAUGUAGCAUUUAGAAUGUUGAGCAACAUAGUUAUAAAGUGGUUUGUUCACAGGCAGACUAAAAAAAACUGGAAAAAAAUUACUGAUUGGUACAUUACAUAGUACUAUGAUUCUAUAGCUUUUCUAAUAUUGCUGUUAGAGUGACACUUCUGGAUUUGCCUUUGUGUGUGUGGGUGUUCACACCUGCCAACUUUCUGUGCAUUCUCUGAAUCUUUCAUGCUAAGAACUGAACGCUGGUCUUGAGGAAACUGAAAGUGUCUGGGUUUUGUUGCAGGUGCUGCGGGUGUAAAGGAUGAGGCUGAACGAGAGCCGGACGAGGCCCUUCCAGGCUCCUGCCACUGUGCACACCUUCCCGGGCAGGCAGCUGUUCGUGUUCCCCAAUGGCCGCUCCGACUCUGACGAGUCCUCGGAGGAGGAGCUCAACGUGAUGGAAUUGCGGCCCCGGGGCAAGGAGCAGCCGCGGAGCAGCAGCCGGGACAGGCUGGGGGAUGUGGUGCUUCUGGAGAGGGAGCUCACCCAGGAGGACAGCCUCAACAAGCUGGCCCUGCAGUACGGAUGUAAGGUUGCAGAUAUCAAACGUGUCAACAACUUCAUCCGGGAGCAGGACCUGUACGCGCUGAAGUCCAUCAAGAUCCCGGUGCGGCCGCACGGGCUGCUCACCGAGAGCGCCGGGGCGCUGCGGCCGCAGCCGGCGGGGCCCGCCCAGCCCGGCCUGACGCGCCUGGAGCCGCCCGAGCCUGAGCCCGAGCCCAUUUGCGGCGGCUCUGCUGGCAGCCGCCGCCUCAGCGAGUACUUCAGGGGCAUUGACCAGAGCAUCCAGGACGCCGUGCAGGUGGAGGUGCAGCUGAGCGCCGAGUACGGCGGGGAGGGGCUGGACAGGCCCGUGCCCGAGGCGGGGAAGCGGGACGCUGGUAACGGUGCAGACUGCGGAAUCCAGUGGUGGAACGCCGUGUUCAUUAUGCUCCUGAUAGGAAUUGUCCUGCCAGUGUUUUAUAUCAUCUAUUUCAAAACACAAGGCCUGGUGGCCCACACCUUUAACAUAACAACCCCAAAUGUUUCAACAGCUGCGUUGGAAGGGAAAUUAACACAAGGCUCAGGCGUAGGAAAAAAAACCUAAGGGGAAAGGGCAGCCCACUCCAGCCUGUCCAGCAGUGAUGCCCGUAUGCUCGUGACUGACUCAAGUGCAUCCAAGGGGAUACAACAAUACAGAUUGUUUUUAUUUUUAUAAGUAGCUGGUGAUGUAAUCCUGAAAUUGACUGAAAAUAAGGUGAUGUGAUUUUGACAGAAAAAUAAGGAUUCUGUGUUGCUUACAGAGAUCAUCACCCAGGUGGCUUCAGAGUUGGGAACUCUGUUGAGGGAAAGUAUUUUGUAGCAAUUUACUCAUUGUGGUUGCUUCAGGUAUUUCUUAAUGCCAUGUCUAGAAGCAAAUUCUUUGCUGCUGAGCUGGAGAGUGCAGUAUUAAUGUGGCUGGGAAUUUGUGUGCAUUUUAAGGGAACACUUUUUGCUGGGUUAGAAGCAGGUGAUGCUGUUUGUCAGAAGCAUCAUUUUUGUCUCUUGCAGACCAUGGUGGUUUUGGCCUGCUUGACACUAAUGAUGCCUUCUGGGGCUCUAAGCUGGGUGUGCCAGGGCACGAGGAUGCUGCCAGCACCCCACGUUGUCACCCCCCCACCUUCCCCCAGCAAAUCUUUGAGCUGUGUUCACCUUUGGGAAGGGUGAGCCCAGACCUCUUCCCGUGAAAUCCUUCAGAGAUGGUUCCUGAGAGCAGCUGUCCCAGGGUACUGCUAAGCCCUGCACGGCCCCAGAUGGGUAGGGGCUGUUGGGAGAGGACAGGAGAGCAUGAGAGGAGUCACAGGCACUUCUCAAGGGCUCAUUUGCUGGCAAGAGAUCUAGUCAGUAUUACUUGCUAAAAAUCUAAUAAUAGUCUAUAGUGGUGCUUCUCAGAUGCCCGGGCUCAGUCUGAGUGAGGGUGAAGUGCUGAGCUGGGUACAGGUUGCAAGGUCCAGGACAGAAGUCCAAGAAGAAAGAAGGGUGAAGCCUUCCUAGGAGAGGACUGUGACUGUGCUGAUUGUGACAGGUUUCUGUGACCUAAUCAUGUGCAUUGAAAAGCUCCACAGGGCAGUGGAGGUGUCAGCCCAAGGGCCACUCAGCAAACACUACCUACUGCAAGGGAGCAGCAAAGGAGGCCUUGGGAGCUUCCUAAAGAGACAAAUUUGCCUCAGAAAUUUUUCCAGGCCUGUGAGCGAGGUAAAGGCUUUCCUGGAACAGAACACUAAGGGAUUUUGUGUGGGCAGGUGGGAUUGGUGCUGAGGGUGAGGGCAGAGCUGGUGGGCACAGGAACAGGACCACUGGGCUUUUCCAGCUUCUCCUGGCAGUCCAAGGCUGGCUGGGCAGACGGGCUGGAGAGGGACUGUGCUGCAGACAUCUGAUGUAUAAGUGUGGCCUCAAGGACUGCCUCUGCCUGGCCAGAGAGGACUGAAGCUUCUCCCGCAAGGUGAGGACCCCACACUACAAAAUACAACUCUGUGCUGUUACAUUGAGAACCUCUGUUUCCUGCAGCUCUCAAAAGUGGGAACCUAAUUUUGUAAGCAAGCACUCCAAAGUAUCUUAUACUGAACAAAAACUUGUAUUUUUCUUCUGUGAAGAGCUGUAUCUCUUUGUUCUGGGGAGGGGGCAGGAAGGGCUUCUUACAUUUUUAAAUAAAGCCACAUGAAAUACAAGCACAAGGGGCACAGCUUGUGCUUUAUUUGCUGCCACACAGCUGAGCACCUGCCUUAGAAAGAGGGGCCCCUUGCAGCCUCACCUCAGCCCUGCAGUGAGCAGGAGUGGGAGCAGCAGGAGGAAUGGCACAGGCCUUGGGCUCUCCACUCUGCCUGGACUCUGCUUCAUCUGCCAGUUUCUUCAAGUGUUUUGUAAGAUUCUUAGCAGGCAUCAGCAGGGCAGCAACAAGUGUGUGUGUUCCUGCUGAUGGAAAUGCUUGUGGCUGCAGUUAAAAACAAGCACCACACCUGGGCUGACACCUGGAGGGGCAAGGACGCGCCCGAUGGGACCAGUGCUCUGCAAACACGAGAGAGGCCGGAGUACACAGUAAAAGCCAGUAUCUUUACUUUAGUGAAUGCAGGAUACAAAUAUUUUACAACAACCUCUAGCAUUUUCUUAACCAUUUGAUAAAAAGUUCACUAGAAUAUUUAUUGUAUAUUGAAGAAAAAACAACACAUUCAGGGAAAAAAAUUGAGAUUAACUUAUUUUUUUCUUAAAAGAUUCGUCUCAAGGAUGGCAACAAAGUCCAGCUUGUGCCGCCAAACGGCUUAUCAGCAUUAAACCGUGAACAGCUUCUUGUGAACUGUUGACUACAAACAUUUACCAAAUACAUAAAUCUCUUUUAAAAAAGCCAUUUUAAAUAUAGCAAAGCAGUGUUCUCUUGCACAGCAAAGUGAAGAAAGGUUCUACUAAGAUUUAAAUGUUUACAUUGGUUAAGUCUUUCUUUCACAUUCGGAUUUAACUUCUGCCCAGGAUCAAUUGUUAGGAGUUGUUUUGUUCCUUAUUUACUAUGUAUUUCUUGUGCGCACAGUAACUCGCAAGUUUCUGAUGCAUUAGUGUCCUUGGAGGGAAGGCAAGGCUAAAGCAGUUCUCUCUGACGAGUCCCUGACAACGUGGCGUUCUCAAAACUAUCGUGAGAGCUCGAGGAUGGAGGUGAUUUGUCACAACAGAGAUAAAAAUCUUAAAUCAUUCAGACCUGACUGGGUUCAGCCCAGGAUUGGAUCCACUUGCACUUCAGUCAGCAGAGAUAAUUUUAAAAAGCUUUUUUUUUUAAACCUGUUGAAAUAUCUGUGCUAUGUCAUCUUUUUUUUUUUUAUAAAACAUUUUUACAAUUUCUAAAAAAGUAUGUUUCAAAGUGAGUUACUUGUUAUUAAAAACCAGGAUUCCCCAUGUCCUCGGUGGCAGGAGGUGCUCCCCCAGACCGGAGGGCUGUGGAAGGACGUUUCUGAAGGGCUGGGGCAGCACAGGGCUGCUCCCCAGCCCAGCUCUUUAGAACUGAUUCAUUAUUUUUUUUAAUUCAUUGGUGCAAUUUCAAUAUAAACUCUAACCCUUGUGUAGCUUUGUCUUUAAGAAAACAGUAGUUAAAUACUGUUUAAAAACCUGCAUAGAAAUAAAGACUAUUGAGAUACAGUCAGCAAAGCCAUCUGAUAAGGCACACAAGAAAAUAGACAGUAAAUGUGAAUGCAGAACUCCCACUCGGAUGUACAGCAAAGUUCAUACAGGUGCAUAAAUCAUGGAACUCACAUCACUGGUUGGAGCAGCAAAAGGUUCCAGGCAGCAGCAAGUGAAUUGGGUCACUGGGGACACAGCGGCCAUGGGAACCCGUCCCUUCUGCCUCCAGGCUCCUGCCAGCCAGGACGGACCCACGGCCAUGGGCGGCAGUUCCAAGGGCCAGAGGGCACUGGAGCUCCCGCGGGUCUGGACCUUGCCAGGACAACGAGACAGGGCUGGAGGGCACAGCUACCUCAGGGACACCGCCCGUCUCACCCCUUCCUUACUGCAUCAAGGGAUUUUCUGAACUGCAAAAAAAAAAUACAAA